AUGGAUCAGGCACAGACAGCAACAGCGAAUCAGCAGCAGCAGGAAGAGACUGUCGUCGCGGCAACAGAAACGCUGGAGGAGCUCCGGGCAAGACACAAGAAGGAGCAGCGCGACCUCACCGCAAAAGUCACGGCGUUAAAGAAGACCGCCACCAAGGGCGACAAGAAGAAGAAGAAGGAGGUCCUUGCCGAGGUUGCUCAAUUGGAAUACAGUCUGAACCAGCAACAGGAUACUGAGGAGAAGACUUGGUUGGCUGAGCAUGGAAACAGCUCUGGUCCUGCUACUGGAGGAUCUGUUGACCAGGGUGCAGAGGAGGACGAGGACGAGGAUGACUUUGAUCCCAACGACAUCCCUAUCGACCACUUAACAUUGAACCCUACGCCAGCUCCUAAGCCCAAACAACAGCAGCAGCAGCAGUCGUCAUCAGGAGGAGGAAAGAAACCCAAUCGUCAAAAAGCACGCAAGGAUCGCAAAGCGCAGGCAUUGAAGGAGCUGCAGGAUGAGGCAGAGAAGGAGGCUGCGGGACAGGUGAACAUGAACGAGGUCGAGAGAAAGUCUAUUGAGGAGCUGGCUAAUGUGAUGAAUGUCACGGUCAAAGAUGUUACUGCCGAUGGGCACUGCUUGUACAACGCCAUUGCAGAUCAACUCUUGCAACGCUAUCAGACUGAGACCACGGUGAAGGCGCUGCGUCAUGAAACGGCAGAGUACAUGAAGGCGCAUUCAGAUGAUUUUUUACCCUUCUUGACCAACAAACAGGGGGACAUGAUGUCGCCAGAGGACUUUAACGACUACUGCAAGGAACUAGAAUCCACCGCCGUCUGGGGAGGACAACCCGAGCUUUUGGCGUUGUCGAGGGCACACAAAGUGCCAAUUUGGGUGGUGCAGAUGGGCAGCCCGACCGUGAAGCUGUCCGAGGGUGUUGAUGCCGCAAAGACGCCCCUCAUGGUUUCGUAUCACCGUCAUAUGUUUGGAUUGGGAGAGCAUUACAACUCUUUGCGACCCAAGCUAGUGUAA